GAAGGCAGCAGGCAACAGCAGCAGCGAACCAUAACCAGGCAGACCGGAAAAGCGUCGAUGAGUUGAGGCCUCGAACCUCUCUCAUCCUCAUCACCCCACCUCUUCCACCGCCUCCUCCCCUAGCUGUACCCUAGCUGGUGCUUUGAAAGCUGGAACUGGAACUGGUACCCCGUCCCACUCCACCGUCGUCCACUGGCUACAAUGGACGCAUCGCCCACAUCCCCUGCGGCAGCUCCUGCACUGGUAUCGGGCAGGUCAUUGGACCAGCAGGUGGACGCCUCGCCCAAUCACUCGAACUACUCGAAUCUCACCAACAACAGCGGCAGCAGCCCAAGUGGGAGCAGUGUCUGCAGCCCCUCCACCACAUCCUCAUCCUCGUCGGCGCCCCAAUACAGCGAGGAUUUACGAGCAGCAGUCGCUGCUGUGCGUCAUAAUCAGGCCCCAAAACCAACCCAGAAUCAGAAUCAGAGUCAGAGUCACAGCGGAUCGGCGGGCACAGGCUCAUCGUCGGCGGGCAAGACCUGCGAGGUGGAUGUGGGCGAGGAGGAGCGCGACACCUUCUCGCCAGUGUCCAGUCCGGACUGCAACGGGGCAGCCUCCGCUCUGGGAGCAGAGGUUAUUGCCUCCGUCAGCGAACCGGGCCUGGACAACAAGAUCUUCGAAGGGGGCAGCUGCAGCGGCAGCAGCAGCAAGACGAAACCCGCCUCCAAAGAGGAGAAGCAGCGCCAGAACGAGGAAAUUGUGUGCAUGGAGACCUCCACAGUGUCCACAGAGACGGGCUCCUGGGAGUCGAUGUACCCAGUGGCCGUAGAGCCACCACCACCAGCACCGUCAGCGCCGGAGGAGGAUGGGGAGACACUGGGCACCGAAGCGGAAUCGAGCUCCGUUUUCAAAGGGAUCAGCGCCAGUUGUCUGCUGCGGGACCUGGAGAAGCGGGAUCAGCCGCUGUCCACAUCCGGGACGAGUGCCUGCUUCAUAGACGCCUCCUCGCUGCGCGACGAAGAUGAGGUGCUGUCCUUUCCCAGCCUCGACGGACAUGCCCAGGAAGAGGAGAACGAGCACGCAGAGGAGCACGGGGAGGAGCACGAAGUGGAGAUCGAAGCUACAGCCGAUGAUCACGAGCAGGAGACACAGGAAGCUUCGCCCACCCAGCAGCUGGAGCAGUUCCACAAGGCCUUUGCCAGGUGCAAAGGUUCGAGCAUGAGUCACGGCCGCAGCAGCUCCAACGAUGCCGAUUCCUCCGACUCCUCGCUCAGUGUGAAGAUGCGACGAGAGCAGGAGGAACAGGAGCGCCCAAUGGUUUCCAUGGGCAGUGGCGGCGGCGGCGGCGGCGGGGGGCCGUUCAGCUUCCAGCACAAUGCGCAGCAUUUUAGUGUGCAUCCAUUGGGGAGCAGCCCGAAGUUUGCGACCCACCAACACCAACACAGCCACAGCCACCAGAACCACAACAAUGGACAGCCCGAUCUCAGCUACACCACGGACUACUCGUCCAGCAGCCCGGCUCCCAGUUUGGUCUGGUCGGAGCACAGCAGAGCCACGCAUGCGCCGCACUCUUCCGCCUCGGCCUCGGCCUCCGUCUCCGUGGCGGCAUCGACGCCACACAACUCGAUGGUGCACAUAGAGCCGGCAUCGGGCAGCAACAACAGCUCCAUCCACAGAGAUUACACCUUGUCCUCUUCGCUGUCGCAUCACCGCGAUUCGGGCGCCUACUGCAGCGAUGCCACGGACUCGCCGCUGCCCCUGCCCCGCACCCCCAAGCGCAGCUCCAAGUUCGACGAGGCCAAUCCCAUUGUGUCCGGCGGGGCCUCCAUCGAGGACUUUCGGCAGAAGCAGUGCGAGAGUCCCAGCAUCAAGCGGCGCACCGACACCUGCCCCAUUGUGUCCGGUGGCUUUGUCUCGCUGGACUUUGCACCCACGCGCCCCCUGCAGGACGACGAUGAGGAUGAUGACGAUGCCGAUGAUGCGGAGAUUUCCGGUGUGGAGCUGCGCGUGAAGUCGGGUGCGGGUGCGGGACUACAGAGGAAACCGGUGACCGGCAUAGCCUCCUGGGUGGUGGACAUGAGCGACUGUCGGCCGGAGCGUCGUCGCAGCACCAGCAGCACCACCUCCAGCUUCCGCGAGCGCUCCGACUCGAACAGUUCGCACAAGAGCGGCUGCGGCUUCUACGUUUCACUGGAUGACAUGGAUCGAAAGCCGCCAGAGCCACAGGCACAGGCACAGCCUAAGGUCCAGCCACCAUCGCAGCUCAGCAAAUCCUACACGGCGCCCAAGUCCGCUGGCUUCUUUGUGAAUCUUGCGCAGAACGAGGCGGAGCAGGAGGUGCAGCAAAAGGCGGCCGAGGAGAAGCAGCAGCAGCAGCAGUCGGAGCAGAAGAACAUCUUCAGCAUGUUCAUCGACAUUGGCGGCGAGCAGAAGACACCACGCGGACACCAGCCCAAUGGACGCAAGGAGCCCCUCAGUUUGGCCCAGCGUUUGUCCAGCUCACUGAGCUCCUCCGCCGCCACUGUCCAGCGACGCGGUGAGGUGGUCGGCGAUGUGAUGAAGUCCAGUGCCAGCUCAACGGAGACCCUGAUGGCCAAGAGUGCCACACAGAAGGAGAUGCUGUCAGCUGGAACGGGAGCAGGAGAAAGCAAAUCCUUGGACUACAGAUGUAAUCUGGAUCCACCCCUGACCGUGGCCGCACUGCGUCGCAUCUCCCAGCAGCAGCGACAGCAGCAGCAGAGCGAUCCCACGAAGCGGCAUAGCUGGGGCAGCAAUGGGAAUCCGGAGCACGGAGGAGCGGGCAACGACUGCAAGCGUUCCAUCAGUCUGACGGCCAACGGAGUAAACGGCACGGACUCGGGGGCGGGCUUGAUGAGCAUCAUUGACAAGCUGCCGAUCAUUUCGAAGGCCUCCUCCCUGUCGGUGGACAGUUCCCUGUCGCCCUACGACGACUACAGCGGCGGCUCCAAUGCCGGCGGGCUGAGCAGUUGCUCCGACGAGGAGCAGCAGCAGCAACAGCUGGUUGGGGGUCGCCUCAAGAAGCGGCGAUGCGAUGUGCAGCUGAACGAGACGUACGAUAAGAGCAGCAUGGCCUCCGUGACGGAGGGAGUGCUGUCCAAGGACAUGUCGCCAGCUUCCAACACGGACACGGACGAUCUCACCUUCCAGCAGGACGAGCAGCUGGCCCAACAGCAGGCCCAGGCCCAGGAGCAGCAGCAACAACAGCUGAUCCCUGUGCAGCUGAGCAGCAGCUCGAAUCGCACCAGCGUCAUGGAGACGAUCAUCGAGGCCAAGGAGACGGCCUCGCCCAAGAAGACGGUCACGGUCUCGGUCUCGUCCGCGCUCACCAAUGGCCAUACCAUGGAGUCGCUGCACGCCACCAUCGAGAAGCAGAAGCAGCUCCUGGAGACGGUCAACGAGCACGGCGAACAGCAGCAACAGCAGCAGAAGCAGGCGGCACCGGCUGCCUCCUCCUUUGUGAAGCUCUCGGACAUGGACAAGCCCGUGAAGCACGAUCUCCAGUCGCCGGAUUCGAUGAGCAAGAGCGUGGGCAACAACCACCGCAACAGCCACAGCUCCCAGCUGGGCCAGCGACUGUACCGGGAUGAGAACAAGGGGCGUCCCCACUCGUGGGCCAUGACCCGGUCCACGGGCAACAGCUUGCAGAACUUUACGAAUUCGGUGGACAACAUCCGCAGCCUGUCGCGGCUCUUCCCCAACUUCUCCAAGGAGUUCUCCAAUUCGCUGCCCAACGACAUGACCCUGGAGCACGCGCAGGCGCAACAGCAGCAACAACAGCAGCAGCAGGUGGACUACAUACAGACCGAUCUCAGUGCCGACUCGAGCCUGGCAUCGAGCUUCAGCAGAUCGGGCAUGGACGAGUCUUCCAUUAGCUGCCGGCAGCCGCGUCGCCUGGGCGAGGAUCUGCUCAAGAUGUUCCUGCAGGAGAUCGCCACGGAUAUGCUGGUCGAGGUGCAUGGCCGUCGCAUUCGCGCACACAAGUGCAUUUUGCGCUCCCGAUGCCAGUACUUUGCGGCCAUGCUGGCCGGCCAUGGAUCCCAGAGCGUGGUCUCCCUGCAGGGCUACUCCUAUGCGGCCGUGCACUUUGCCCUGUGCCACAUCUAUUCGGGUGCUUCGCAUCCCCCCGACGGCAUCAGCCUCAUGGAGCUGGCCGCCCUCGCCGAUCUGCUGGGCCUGGAGGGACUCAAGGAGGUCACCUCGCACGCGCUCAAAACGAACUACUGCCACAACUUCCACAAGCCGUGCUCCGGCUGCAUCGAUGGCAUCCUGCAGGUGCUGCCCGUGGCCCUCAACCAUGCGCUGGACGAUCUCUAUCGCAAGUGCCUGCGCUGGACCUGUCGCCACUACCUCAAGGUGUGGCCCACGCGUCAGUUUGCCCAGCUGCCGCCGGACAUACUGGGACGUUGCCGUCAGCAGAUCAUUGCCUACAUGACGUCGGAGACGGUGCUGGACACGGUGCUCGACUGUGAGCAUCUGCUGGCGCAGCUUUCGGCCUACCGCUGGGGACACGUCUGCGAGCAGCUGGUGCGGGACAUACUGGAUGCGGCCCACGCCUAUGUGGGCGAUCACUUCGCCAGCCUCAUUGCCAGCGAUGCCUUCCUGUCGCUGGGCCACGACCGCAGUCGCCACAUUCCCCAUCUGGAGGCGCUGCUGCGGCAGGCCGCCUCUGAGCUGACGCCGGAGCAGGCGUGCCGCAGCUAUCAGCGCGUGACGCGGCUGAAUGCGGUGCUGCGGGCGAAGCUGCACAAUGUGCCGGGUAAUCUCAGCGAGCUGGUGCAGGAGCUGCAUGGCCUGCAGGAGGAGGAGCAGCUCGACUGGAAGCCGGACUAUGUGCGUCUCGUGUGUGCUUUGGUCUACACCGUCGAGCAGUGCCUGAUCCGGCAGUGUUCGCGAGCGAUGCGCGUCACUGCCUGGCAGCGCAUGGACCUGGAGCUGCGCAAGAAGAUCCAGGGCAUGGCCCGGCUCACGGAACCGCUGGACAUGAAGCGGCAGGGCGGCAAGGCGGUGGGCAAGGCCUUCUCCUUUGGCGGCAGCACACGCAGCCAGGAUCUGGUGCAGAUAAAGCUGGCCAUUCAGGCCCAAUCGAAACGGGCCCACGCUCAGGAGACGCACACGUACAAGGCCACCCAGACUCAGGAUGUGGGAGCAGCCUCCAAUCAUGUCCAGACAGCGGACCGUGGAGUGCAGGCCAAUCACGAUAGCCGGGAACUGGGCAGCAAACUGCUCAAGUCGAACUCGCGUGCCCAUGUGCCGCAUCGUGCCGCCUCCCAGGUCGCCUCCGAGCGGAACAGCAUCAAUCUGCAUCGACGCACUCAGUCCGAGGCGCCGCCAGUGACGCAUCACAAGAAGACAGCAGCAGCAGCAGCAGCUCCUCCCGCAGCCGAGACGAAGACAAAACCAACGGCAGCCCCACGAUUGGGCGAGAUACGACCCCGCUACUUGGAGCCGCGCAAGGCAAGGGCAACGUUGGCACCCAGUGGACCCGUGCGCAGUGCCACCAGUUCGGGUAUACCCGCCAGUGGAGGGGCACGCAAGGCGCCGGCCAAGAAUCUGCACAUCUCCUCCAGCGACAGUUCGAGGAACUCGAGUCCGGCGGCCACGCGGCGCGUGCAGAAUGGAAACGCCGCACGGCUUGGCAACAAAUCCAGCAAUCUGUCCAUGGACAGUCUCUCCUCGCCGGCCAGACGGGCCAAGAGCAGCUCACGGGGCCCCACCAACGACCGAUACUCAUCCGAUCAGAAUGUGGACUCGCUGGCGGAGAGCAUGAAGAGCUCCGUCAUCACCAACAAAACGAUCUCACACGAAUCCCUCUCGGGCAGCUCGAAGCUGGCCCGCAUCCAGCAGCUGAAUGGCCACACGGCGGGGGCCAAGCAAUCGGCCGCAGCUGGUGGCAAGACGAAGCCCCUGCAGCGUGGCUCCACGGUGGGCAACAAGUCAACGCGGCAGCUCAAACAGCAGCAUAAUGGAGUGGCCUCGAAUGGCUCGAGUCCCAGUUCGGUGCACACGACCAAGUCGGCCACCAGUCGGCUGUCCUCCGUCAGCAGUACGCUCUCCACCCGCGAGCUGUUCAAGCAGCGCUCCAUUUCGGUGCCAGCAGGCGGCACAGAGGCGGCACCAGCCACCAAGGGACGCCACAGCUUCCUGUCGGCCAAGUCGCGCGAGAUCCUAGCCAAGCGGGCCGAGAAGAACAAGCUCCAGCAGCAGCAGCAGCAGCAACAGCAGCAGCAACAGCAACAGAAGCAAUCAGCGUCAGCUGUCGAAAGUUUGGGGGAUGAGCGCGGGUCGCAUCAUCUGCGCUCCUCUGCGGGCCCCCUGCGCUCCUCCUCACAUUCCGCUGUGGCCAGCAUGCUGCAGCAGCACAAUCUGCGCAACAGUCUGCCCUCCAAUAUACCCACACGACGUCCCAACACGCUGCAGCUGAAGAAGACCACCGCUGUCUCGAAUGGCAUGGCCACCAAGGUGACCACCAACGGCAUCAAUGGCUCGUACAAGGCGUCCCAGGCGGUCAAGCAGAAGCUGAAUCUGCUUAUCGAUGCCCAGAUGGAGGGGGCGCACAUGCCCAUGGAGCGCGUUGAGUCGAAGCUCGAACGUUCCAGCACCUUCUGCAAGGAUAGCGCUGAUCUGGAUAUUAGCGAGCUACAAAUUGUCGAAUAGAGCAGAAGAGUAGCAGAAGAUCAGCAGCAGUAGCAACAGAAUGAGGUCGUAUCAAAUAUGGCCCCAGACACCCAGUCCCCACGCAGAACCGUACACGUCCCAUAAGGCAACACUAGUCAAUAAUCUAGCAUGCGGCUGCCGUUGCAGUUGCAGUUGGAGAGCAUGAAACCAUUUAACCA